UGGUGUUUCGGUUAUAACCUGAAAGACAGAGAAAUCGUUCAUUGCCUGGUGGUCUACUUUAUCAUCAUCACACUGCUCAACGUGUUAUUUUUAGGACACAUAAAAUUCUUUUGCGAUUAUCCCGUGGAAAUGAGGAGUAAUUAAUCAAAGAUGAGUCUUCCACGACACGCUCAAUUCAUCAGUCGUACAAUUUUUGUACAGAACAACGAUGUGGACAAGGCAUGUCGCAUAUUAAAUCGCAUAUUAUCCAAAGAGGACAUAUUUGGCCAAUACAGACGUACCAGGUACUACGAGAAGCCGACUUAUGUCAGACGCAGGAUCAAUUUUGAGAAGUGUAAAGCAAUUUACAAUGAAGACAUGGACAGGAAGAUCACAUUUCUUCUACGAAAAAAUAGAGUGGAUCCUUUCCCUGGUGCAUUGUAAGAUUAUAAAUUUUAGUUUCAAUUGUACAGUUAUAAAGUUAUCCACAAGUUUAUCCACAUGAUUUGUUUAUAAGUGCUGGUAUCAAUACAGAAAAAUAUAGAAAAUGUUCUAUCGCAACAA